UUAUUUUUAUUUUCUAUAAUAUGUAAAUAUAUAUAAUUAUACAUAAAAAAUUGAGGAUUUUAAAUUUUUAGGAGUGUUUACUUUUAAAGUGUGUUCAAAGAAUUCAUAUUAAGAGGCAUAAUCGUGCUAAAACAAUAUGACUGAGAAGAAAAUAUGGAAAAACAAUUCACUAACCUGUAAGCCGCUUGAUAACUAUGAAGAAAUAUUAAUGUUUUUACAAGAUCCGCCUCCUUGGAGGACACUGUGCAACCCACUAAAAGUGCAUAGCAAUAACGCUGUUAAAAACAUAAAUAUUAAUCAGAAUUCCCAUUCAAAAGGAAUACUAGAAAGCCCGCAAGCCUUCUGUCAUUUGACAGAAAACACUGUGGCGGGAGAUGCCAAACGUGAAGUUAAAAAGAGUUUACCAAAAACUAUAGUUUGUCAUGACAUGGCUAACGGAUAUCAUGAUGACAGUGUGAUCGAUGGUACAGAGAACUAUGACGCCUACACGUUUUACCAUUGGUCCGGGAUCGACAUAUUCAUUUACUUCAGCCACCACUUGAUCACUAUACCACCAUUGGGCUGGAUCAACGUCGGACAUGCUCAUGGGGUUAAAGUAUUGGGCACCGUGAUAACGGAAUGGGCGGACGGUGUGGCCUUCUGGAACCGCGUUCUGCGGAGCGAGGUGGAGUGGAAAAACCUGGCAAGUGCGUUGGUUGCAAUCGCUAAAUCUCUCAAAUUUGAUGGCUGGUUGCUUAAUAUAGAAAAUAAGAUAUCGAAACCGGAAGUGUUGCUGCAGUUCGUGGGCUACCUCCACAGAACCCUGCACCAGGAAUUGGAUGAGCCCGUCCUCAUCUGGUAUGACAGCGUUACGGUGGAGGGUAACCUUAACUGGCAGAAUGGUCUCAACCAAAAGAACAAAGCCUUUUUCGACAUUGUGGACGGUUUCUUCACGAACUACUCCUGGGACGAAGCAGAUGUGAAGAGCAGCGCCCAGGCGGCAGGGGACCGGCUCACCGAUCUCUACAUCGGCAUCGACGUGUGGGGCCGGAACUUUUAUGGUGGAGGACAGUUCAACACGCGAGAGGCUGUGGAACUGGCUCACAGCUACGGAUGUUCUCUGGCAAUCUUUGCACCGGCCUGGACUCACGAGGCAUUGUCCGACGGAGACCACAACAUGGUGGCAGGGGCUCAACAUCUCACCAAAUAUGAACAGUUUCUGCUGAGGGACCGCGCGCUCUGGUGUAGUCUCUGGCCCUACCUGAACACGAGGUUACCCAGCGAGCUGCCUUUUAAGACUUCUUUUUGUAGAGGUCAAGGGUCGAAGAGAUGGUUAUAUGGAGAGGUUUGAA